CAUGCUCAUUUGUCAUUCCACCCGCCUGUUGUAUUUCAAUGACAGGAAUGAGUACUGGGCUAAACGAUCAACCUUGAUCCAAACUUUCUCACACAGAACUCAUUUGAUCUAAUACACUCAUGCUUUGAUAGGUACUGAAUGGAAAUGGCGUCUAGAGCACUGUAUUCGUCUAGGCACCGGAUGCUGAAGAAGCGGGAUGAUUUUGAAGACAUCCUGGAGGAGAGGCGGCGUUCCAGUGAUCUGAGAUACGCACUGAGAUGUUACACUCCCUCACUUUAUAAAGGACUAGUGCCCUGCAAAGCCAGCAUGCUGAAAACCAUAGUUCUGCAGUCAGACCACCUGCAGUAUGUCAUUAAACAGGUUUCAUUAGAAUCAGGAGACAGUAGUGAGUGUGUAACGGAGGAAGCGUCUCUGAUUCUGGAUGAGAUGGCUCACCGCCUGCAGCUCAGCACCAUACGUUUCUUCGCCUUUACUCUCAGCAAAGCCUUCAAGAGACUCUUCCGCAGUGUGUGUGUCAAUGAGGAGGGCAUCCAGAGACUCCAGCAGGCUGUACAGGAACACCCGGUGGUUCUUCUGCCCAGUCACCGUAGUUACAUGGACUUCCUGAUGAUGUCAUACUUACUUUACACAUACGACCUUCCCCUGCCAGUGAUUGCAGCUGGAAUGGAUUUUAUGAGCAUGAAGUUUGUUGGUGAGAUGCUGCGUAUGUCUGGAGCGUUUUUCAUCCGUCGGUCAUUUGGAGGAGAUAAACUUUACUGGGCUGUGUUUUCUGAGUAUGUGAAGACGAUGCUCAGGAAUGGUUAUGCCCCAAUUGAGUUCUUCUUGGAAGGAACUAGAAGCAGGACGAGCAAAUCUCUUACACCAAAGACGGGGUUGUUGAAUAUUGUGAUGGAGCCUUUUUUUAAAGGAGAGCUAUUUGACGUGAACCUGGUUCCUGUCAGCAUCAGCUACGAGAGAAUUCUGGAAGAAACUCUGUACGCCCGUGAGCUGCUUGGUGUCCCGAAGCCCAAAGAGUCGACUUCAGGUCUGUUGAAGGCCCGGCGGGUCUUGAGUGAGGACUAUGGCAGUAUGCAUGUGUACUUUGGUCAUCCUGUAUCUGUGCGCAGUCUGGCAGAGGGAAAAAUAAACCGCUCUCAGUACAACCUGCUGCCAAGGUACAUUCCUCAGAAACCCAGCACAGACACUCAUGAGUUUCUGAACGAUGCUGCGUUCCGUCUGGUCCGCAUACAGGAGGAGAACAUGGUUCUAAAGCCCUGGGUUCUCAUCGCCACACUGCUGCUACAGAACCCUGACGGUCUGGACCUCUCCUCUCUCACGGAGCAGACAGACUGGCUUAGACAUCUGGCACUGGCAUUUGGAGCGUUCUUGGACUGGCCUGAUCACACGACCUGCAGUGAAGUCAUCAGCUGUAGUUUAGCGCUGCACAGACACCUGUUGACUGUGUCCGCGGGGCACGUUCAGUUGAACGUCACAGAGGCGCUGCAGGUCGAGACUACACCAGAGGAAACGGUGUUUCACCGAGCUGUCGUUGUGCUCUCUUGUGCCUCCUACAGGAACCAGAUCCUGCAUGUGUUUCUGAGACCUGCUCUGUUAGCAGUGGCCAUGCAAAGUGCCAACUCUAAUAGUAAAGAUGACAUCUACAACUGUUUCAGCUUCCUGAGGAACAUGUUCUCCAAUGAAUUUAUUCUUUGCCCUGGGGACUCGGUUCAGGACUUUGAAGAAGCAUGUUAUUUGCUCAUGAAGCGUGGAGUGUUGCAGGUAUUGGAGCAUGAAAUUGUGAUGUCACCGAGCGGUCACAGCACCCUCGCUUUCCUGUGUGCAGUUCUGGACCCCUUCCUGCAAGGAUACCAGGUGGUGUGCCGCUAUCUGUGUGAGGAGACUAAUGAGAACCUGACGGAGAAGGAGUUUAUUCCCGCUGUGAGGAACUUUGCACUGAAACUCAUAUUAGCAGGCCGUCUGAAGUGUUAUGAAGCUUUAUCCUCAGACCUGCAGAAGAACACUCUAGCAGCUCUCUUGAGGCUCAAAGCAGUGAGGAAGGUCAAAGUUGGAGAUCAGGUGGCGUUGAAGGUGAACAAGAUUGCAGUGAACUCACUGGGGGAUACGCUGGGAGGUAAAAUUCCCAACCAGAAGCCCGUCCUCGCUCGACUGUAGUCGUACACGUACAUGGAGAGUCUCUGGAGGGCCAAACCAAACAAAACUGCCUUCAUUAACAUAAUGCCAAAUUUUGCAAGGUGGCACGGCUUCGCUGACUACAAAGGUUACCUGUCAUCGAGUUUUAAAGGGACGUCACGGGUUUGCCAUCUGGGACGCCCCUGCUACGCUAGAAGCACUCUUUUUAUCUCUCUCCCUCUUUGACAAACUUGACAGCAGGUUGCCGUGUCUGUGAACGGCCUUCGAUCUUCACCGUGUCUUUAUCAGACGAGUUUUAAACUGCUCUGAUGUUGCCAAGCAUAUGAAGACAGUGACACUUUUGAUGUCUUUUUUUUCGUUUGAACAUCCUGUUACUGCCGUUUGCAUUCGAUUUUAAUCCAUGUCAGCACUAAAGAGCCUUUGCUUUGAUUUGAAACACUGCUACUGUUUGUUCUCACUGGAUUAUUUUUUUCGUGACUUGUUUGAUUUGAAUUAUUUUCUUUUGCUCUUUAGAUAUGGCCAUCUUUUGCUUUUGCUAUGGAUCAAGGUUUUUAUGGAUCAUGUUACAAAAAUAGGUCACUCAAAAGUGUGCCACAGAAAAAUAGUAAGUGUCUGCUCUCAUAGGGGAAACUUUUUAGUUAACAGAAAGACUGUUCUAAUGAGCCAAAUAUGGAGACUCCUCAUUGCCAUAACAGUGUUUAUGUGCCUCUCGUAAACUAAACAGCUUUUCUGCUAAUACAAAAUAAUAAUGCAUAAUGAAGCGAUGUAUUUUUAGACAUAUCACUGCAUUGUUUGCAUAUUUCACAUGGUCUUUCAGUAAUUAUUAUCAUGAUAACAUUUUUUUAUUAUCAAAAAUGUACAGACGAUACAGAGGCAUGUGGCACUUGACAUCAGAAUUGGUGUAAACUGCUGAAUCUCUGCUUGCUCCAUUCUGAACACCCCUGUAAUGUUUUAUUUCGAAGCAUUACAUCCAUUUUUCAGAAUUAACGGAUUAAGAUUUAAGUCGUACUGACCUAGAUUACAAAGAUAAGCUUUUAAUAUUUGAAGUUGAUGCAUGUCAGUUUCGGUUUUCUUGUUUUUGAAUUUUCACACUGCAGCCUAAAACUGAACUAUAUACAAAGUUUAGAUACAUUCAUAUGCUGCACACUCUUUCUAGAAUAAAAAAACAUAUUUGCCCAUUGUGUGGAUUUGAAUGGGAAUUCAGGUAUAUUUUCUAUCCCAUAUUUUGGACUGCUCAUCAGACAUUAUUUGUCCGUGGUCACUGCGUGGAUGAUGCAACUAUUAAACGUAAAGCCAUAGCGUCCAUCCGAUUCUUGCGAUUCUUGCACAGUUCAUCAAAUUAAGUAAAAAAGCUGAAACCAUAUUUAUGUUUACGUUGACAAGCAGCUUUUUACAUAAUUAGAUGAACUCGAUUGUGGAUUGAAAUGGUAUUGACAGAAUCUGUAGAAAUCACUCCUUUGACUUUUGGACAUUUUGUUUUUUCUAUCUAUAUUGAUUGUGUGUCUUUCUAAUAAUGUUAAUAUUGUGAUUGAACGGUGAUUGUGUCUGAUAAAUUUUGAAGAAAUGGAACUAAAACUAAAGACUAAAUAUGCAUUAAAGCUAAGCGAAACCCAAA